GUCACUGGAUCCAGGAAGCGAGCUGCUGAGUUCCUCUUCCUGGGCCAGCGGGCAAGUCAGGGUCUCCGCCAGAAUGGCCGAUGGCUACAGGAAGGCGGAAUCUGGCACUCAGCUUCUCGCUAGACUUGAAGGACGUGCUUCCUUGAAGGAUCUCGAGCCGUUGAUUUUUGCUGAUGAAGAAUACCCAGUUCAUGGUGACAUCAUUGAAUGCCAUGGUCCAGAAGGCACAGGAAAAACAGAACUGUUUUACCAUCUGAUAUCGCGCUGCAUCCUGCCAAAGUCAAAAGGCGGUCUUCAAGUAGAAGUGAUAUUUAUAGACACGGACCAUCACUUUGAUAUCCUGCGCCUGGUUACUAUCCUCGAACACAGACUCUUGGAGAGCUCCGAAGAAGCAGUCAAGCUGUGUCUGGCCAGGCUAUUCCUAGUGUAUUGUAAUGACAGCGUCCAACUCCUCCUCACUCUCUACUCUCUGGAAAAUAUGUUCUGCACUCACCCGUCCCUCUGCCUCCUGAUCAUAGACAGCUUUUCAUCUUUUUAUUGGAUCGACAGGAAUAACGGAGGAGACAUUACUUGGAAACAAGAAGUAAACUUAAGGAAAUGUACCGAGCUUCUCGAUAAGCUGCUUAAAGAGUACCAGCUCGUUCUGUUUGCUUCAACUCAAACCCUGAUGCAGAAGUCGUUUUAUGAUGGCAGCGAGAGGUCUUCUCAUACUGCGAAGACACAAAGUGUCCCAGCAGACUAUAAACCUUAUCUUUGUAAACUGUGGCAGCAGGUCAGCACACAUAGGAUAUUCUUCUCAAAGGGACCGAGAACUGAUAGCAAUGAUCAGACGUUUUCUAUGACCUCCUGUCAUUUAAAGAAUCAGAAUGCUGUUAGACGGACUUUCAUGAUUGCAGAAUCUGGAAUUCGAUUUUUGUGAAAGCUGUUCAGUAUGUUUCUUUUUUUUAUAUGUAGAAAGAUGUAUUUGUAUCCUAGUGCAGAUAUUUUAGGAUAAAAUGUUCUGCACCUGAGAUUUAAAGUAACUAUUCACAGUAUCUGUGAGCUCAUUUACUGCCUUUUUAUAAACCUGGCUACAUUUUAGGCAGCUCUGUAACACUGUCUGUGCAUUGAUGUAAUGCUAUUAUUUUACAUGAUUUAUUAAACUUUAUCAAAACAGAUUGUUC